GGGAUGCAUGCUACUCGCCGCGGCUUUGGAUGAUCGCGGUUUCUUCUCACAAGAUGAAAAUAGUUUCAAGGCAUGUUUUUCCUCCAAACUGGGUGCUUUCAGAGCCAUAGAAGAGGCCUUGGAACUGCACAAGAUCGAUUUCUUGGUUGCAUUAUCCUCUAUUUCAACUUUUGGAAACGCCGGACAAACGAAUUAUGCCAGUGCAAAUACGGUUCUUGAUGGGCAGGUAAGGAAAUACAGCAACGCGUUCUCAAUUGUUACACCAGCAAUUUCGGACUCCGCUACUAUGAUUGGAAAGUCGGAUAGCAGCGUCAAUGCGACGCGCUUUGAACAUCUAAUCCCCUGGGGGUAUUCUGCCAAAGAAUUAUGUGAUUGUAUCAAAGAUGGCCUGCUGAAGAUGGCAGAUGGACCUGUGGGUCUAUACAUCCCAGACCUUGAUUGGAAUCUUGUGAACCAGUAUAUGGGACCUUCU